AUGCCGUUGCAAAACGACCUGUUCGACUAUCUGGCUACCGACGAUCGCUCAACAAAAAGAAACCAACAUCACCAACACCAAACGACGACGAGACAUCAAACUUUCGGUGCACUAUUAUUGGCGCGCGGAGGUACGCGCGGCCGAGCGGCGUCACUCGCUCAUCACUCACCCGAUAAAGUUUUUAAUGAAGCAAUAGACCGCGAAGAGCGCGGCGUCGCUCAGCCCCUGGUCGGGGUUGAUGCGCGGCAGCGGCAGCUCGGGCGCGGCGUCGUGCGGCCUCACCGCGUUCAUCGCGUGCGCGGCGGCGCGCUGCCUGCCGCUGGUGCGGCGGCGGCGGCGGCGGCGCGUGCGGUACGACGGCGGCGGCCUCGGGGCGCCCUCAGCGCAUCCCAGCUGGCGACGGCCGCGUGCCUGCCGCCGCCCGCCGCAGGGCGCCGCGGCGACUAUCGAUCGUCGCUACGGUAUACGCGCCUGCGCGGACCGCCCGCUCACACGUCCAGCAUGAGGAACGCGAGGUACACGACGAGGAAGAACCACGGGCAGAAUAGGUACAUGCAUACGGACAUCGUGCGCGGGGGGGAGCGUUGUGACGUCACGGGCGACGUUGAGAGCUAUUCGGUGCCGGCUGCGGUUCGGUGUUGUGCCUGUGGUGGCGCGUGCGUCUGUCGGCGCGGCGGCACAGUGACUGGACGCGCUCGCGCCGCGUGCUCUACGCCCGCCCGGCCCGGCGUCCGCUCACCGCACCACCUA